CAUCGAAAGUGAAAGUAGAAUACAGGCAACAAAACACAUGCCAUGGUGACACGAUAAUAAUACCCCUUUGACAAGUGAAAUCGCUGAUACAAGUAUUGUGGCAACCAUCACAUGCAUAUUUAAAAUGUCAAUGCCUACAAAAAAGGUAUGCGUGGCACACAGAAACAAAUGCGUGUCUUGAUUUAGCAGUCAUUGGCACAUUGCAAUAUCCUGGCACCGGGUGAAGACCACACAGCUAAACGGAACCUGACUACCAGUCAAAUUAGAAAAAAGUCUUAAUAUCAAGCCUGGCUGCUCUAAGUCAAGGAUGACCACUGAUUAUCGUACAGCAAAAAGACCAAAUUUGUAUACAAAGAAAUGUGCAACUGCCAACAGAAAAGUUCUUGCAAUGUAAGGAAUUACUAGGCACAGGAAUUGCUGAUUGGUUUUAAAGGACAUUGACCAUGGAACAUCCAGCUGUGGGGUUUGAUGAUCCAACCCUAAUUGACCCCUUAGAUGCCAUUCUAAAUGACCUUGCAGAACACCUUGAUGGAGAUCCCACAACAUUCCAAGACCUUCUACAAAUUUCAAGGUCUGAUCUUGGGCCCAAUAAUAUUGCCAACAUUACCACAGCUAUGGAGUAUUUUAGAAGCAUAGAAAACAACAAAGUUUAUGACAAAUUAGAUUUGGUGGAUUAUCUAAUAAAUGUGACCGAUACUUUGAACUACCAUACAGUCAUGGGAACCAAUCGAGUCUCAGAUCAGUUGAGUCAGUACAAAGAAAGACUUCUUAAACAUAGAGAAGCACUGAGAACGAAAGGAGUCGAUAUUGAUAAAAACUUUGUCGGGAGAAUUGAUGACAUUAAAAAGAUUGAGGGAGUAAUAUCUGGUGACUUUGCUCACUAUGAUUCUGUAAGAGGAGUUUGUAUUUGUGGCUUAGGAGGAAUGGGUAAAACAAGUUUAGCUAAUGAGGUCUGCUACCGUCUUUAUAAGUCAAACCAAAGAUGGAAGAUAAUCAGAAUUGAUUUGAGAGAGAGGGAUACUUUAUUAGAUUUACUGAGUUUAACACUAACAGAACUACAUGAGACAUUCAGUUCUACAGAUAUUCCAGAAAUGAUCAAGAAACUAUGGAAUAUCAUUCCUGACAUAAAAAGAAGGACAGUAUUGUUAUUUGAUAAUAUAGAUGGUCUUCUUCAAACCAGAAAAGGAAGACAACAGAUUCCACAGGUGUUGAAAUUUUUCAAUGACUUUCUACAGAUGUUAGAUGACAGUACGAUCAGAAUAUUAAUUACAUCCAGACAGAAGUUGAUUGCAGAUGAUGAUAAACAGUUUAUAGAUAAAAUGCGACAAAUCGGUAAAUCACAGAAAAGAAUGGAUGAGUUAGUACUAGAAAUAGAACUGAAGCCCCUCAAUGUUAAAGAGGCAACUGAACUUUAUGAAAAAUGUGUUGACAAACAGUACAAAACUGAUAGAAAGAUAACUGGAGAUAUUAUACAAUAUUGUGGGUAUUGUCCCUUGGCUAUAAGGUCUACAUGCAGUGCAGUUAAUGGUGGACUCCUUGAACCUCAAGUUAUUAGAUAUAACUUAAAAAUAGCUGCAGAAAAGGGUGGACUCUCCCAUGCUUUGCAAGUUAACAAUUGUCUAGGACAAACUUUCAGUUCUCUCAGUGACGAAUACCAGAAGAAAUUGGCAAGACUUACGGUAUUCCAGACAGCAAAGUUUGAUUUUCCUGCUGCCAGUGCUGUGUUUGGUGAACUUUACAUGACUAUGAGACCCAAAAUGGAUCUGUUAGCAUUAAAAACUCGGCAUUUUGUUGAAAUAGCAGAAACUGAAGAUUACAUGCCAAAAGAGAAAACAAGUUCGGCUACAAUUGACAUUUUUUUGUCUUCGAAAUUGAGGUAUUCUUUGCAUCCACUUGUUUACAUGUUCCUAAAAGAACUAAUUAAGGAUGGAUAUUUUCAAGAUGAAGUUAAAAUGGCAAGGCAAGGAUUUGUCAGUCAUUUUGAAAAAGCUGUGCAGAAAAUAGGUGAACAAAUGGACAAAAACUGUAUGAAAGCUUGGAGGAUGAUUGAAGAAAAUAAGAAGCACUUCAUUAGUUUGUUUAAAGAUGACCAUGUCGUAGAUACAGAGACAACCAUAGAUAUGAAGGAAAGAAUUUUACUUUGUACCCAACUGGUUUUAGUUGGAAACCUCUUGCUUGGAGAUUUUCAUAGAAUAAACAGGAUUGAAAAAAUGUUGGAAGGCAGUGAUAAAAGGACUUGCACACUGGAAGAUUUGUUCUGGAAAAUUGAAAAGGCCAGUUUUUUCUUUGAUGUUGACAGAAAUGAACUUGUUUUGAAGUAUCUUAUAGAAAUAGAAAAAUCUUUCAAUGCUGUUAAGGGCAAAGGCAAUGCUUUGGCCCCGGUAUUUGGAAUGUUUUACCUCCUCAAAGGAAAGUUUAACUUAAGGAGAAAGCAGCCUCAAAAUGCAGUACAAGAUCUUACAAUGGCCCAAAAAUUGUUCAAUGAACACAAAUUUGUACGACAUCGUUAUAUGUAUCAUAUUACAAAUAUUUAUGAAAAAAUAGCUCAAGCUUAUCUUAUGCUUGAUCCACCUGCAGUUGAAGAAGCGAGAUCAAAUCUCUAUGCUGCCUUUAAAAAAGCUGCUGAAAAAGUUGAAAAUUUUUAUAAUUUGGACAUACCUUCAUUUAUUGCGAGUAUUGGUCGAUUGUGGUAUGUAUUAGGGCUAAAAGAAAAUGAAUUGAAAAAUACAAAAGAGGCGAAAGAAUAUUUUGAAAAAUCAGUUAGAUAUUACACAAAAGCUAUGGCACUAGACACUCAAAUGAAUCUACACAAGUAUGACAAUUAUGCUGAUAAAUUAGUGAAGCGAGCUGAAUCCUACGUCGAGCUUGGAUUGUUGAAAGUUUCUGGUGCAUUAAGUGAUGCUGUAAAAGAUAUCAAAGAAGCAGAUAACAUCAGAAGGAAAAUCCUACAGCCACCUCAUUAUAAAUGUACACAUACACCACAUCUGGUGGGCAAAAUCCUCUUGCACAAGGCACGGCAGGAAUAUGCCAAGAAACAAAAAGGAAAUGCUAUCAACCAUCUUUGGGAAGGAAUAAUGUUUUAUGAGAUUACCAGAGAUAUGACAAAAUGUGGUGGACUACAUCCUAUACACAUUCAUAGGCAGGAAUAUGAGGAAAUAAAAGCUGAGCAUCUCUGGGCUUUACAGCAGGCAAGAGAGACACAGAAAAUUGAACCAGCCAUCAAGUUUUACAAUGAUUUUGAAAAGGGAAAAUUUGAAGAAGAUAGACAAAAAGCAAGAAGUGAAAGAGAGACAAUAAAACACAGUGAAUAUGUUCCAAUAGAAGAUGUCAAAGCAGAAAUAAUGAUGGCUGGUCCAGGUAACAUGACUUUCAUGCCUGUGAGAGCAGAUGACAGUGACAGUGUUUCUGAAGAGGAGAACAUUGAAAUGAUUGAGUUCAAAGAAGUGGUAUUUGAAGAUUAUAGGUUAAAAGAUGAUGAGGUGAUGGAUUUUGAUAAAUUAUUUAAAAGAAUGGAGAAUCCUGAUGAUUUUUCAUCAUCAUCAGAGGAAGAGGAUGUUGCCAUGGAAACAGUCAUUGAAGGUAAAGGUUUUGAAAGUUUAAUGGAAAUUCAAGAAGAUAUUGACCAAAAUUCUUCAAAGUCUGCAAAGACAGAUUUAACAAUUGAAGAGGAUGAUGUUUUUGAUGAAAAAGGUGAAACUGAAGAAGAAAGUGGGAAAAACUAUUUGUCAGAAAUUCAAAGAAAGUCAACAGAAAGAAGCAGUCUUUCUUCAACUUCUUCUCAAGAUAUGAGCACUAAGGAAAAGAGGGAACGUUUCAAAAGAAAAAGGUCAAGAGAUCCUUCAAUGCAGGCAUUUCUUGACAGUGUUGAGAGAGAAACAUCAGAAAAGGGCAAGGCUGUUUUAAAGUCUACUAGAUCAACAUCACAAGAUAAGAGUUUUGAUCUAGAAAUGCCAGUAUUGGAAUAUUUAAACAUUGUAGAUGCUAAAGAUAAAGAAGAAAAAAAAAAAUUGUUGGAAGACAUGAAACAAAAAUAUCCAUCUGUACAAGAGGAGGAAAAAGAAGAAAAUAGAUGGGAGACAACCAGACAAUCUGAAGAUACAGAAGAACAAAAGGCCACCAUGACAGUUGGAAGAAAACGUCAGCUACAACUUUCAAGAUCUGAAGAAGUGUCCCGUCAAAAAUCAAGCCGAGAUGUUAAAGAAUAAACUGCAUACACUGUCUUUCAAGGCAUAACCUAAUGUGUGUUCAUUUGAUAUAUGCAAUAUUAUUUAAAGUCAGUUAACUGGUUGUGGGUUUCGAUGGAACUCCUUUCCUACCCUACAUCUUUUUGUCAAGCCUGCAACAUUUUGAUCAAGAAACAGUAUUCACAGCAAGAUAAUGAAAAUAUUUUUGUUCAUUAUUCAGUAUUUUACUGAUAAAAGGACUUUGUGGUUUGUUUUUUUUGCAGUUUGAAUUUAGAUACAGGCUUGUGUUCUUUUAGACAUCAAUAAUUAUGUCAAACCUUCAUAGGUUUUAAUGAAAAUUUGGUAGAAGCUUUUUUUUUUAUCAAGAGCUAAAAUCAGAAUGAAAAUUUUUUAAAAAUACAUGUUCCAUUUUUCCUUAUUUCCUGAUAAGUGUACUUAGUUUUUUUUUGCAGUUAACAUUUACAUUCAGUCUUUGGAUACAUUGUUUACACUUCAAUAACUUUCUGAAACUUUCAUGGAAUGUUGUGGAACUUGAAAUAAGCUUCUUCAAGAUCAAGAAAUAGCAUCCUAAGAAAAAAGUUGAUAAUCUUUUUUUCUCUAGAUUUUACUGAUAAAUGGACUUUGGCAAUUAACAUUACGCUAUUACACUGACAGCAGCAAUCACAGACGAAACCCAGGUGGAACCCUUGUUGAAUUUUAAAAUAGAAGAGCCUUUAAUGUUUGGUUUUCUUGGAUUUGGACAAAAAUGAGGUGUGAACAAGUGUAUAUUAAUUUCAAUUUAUUAUCUCAUGGUUUACACAUAAGAUGAUUUUUUUUUAUGAUAGGGCUUCAAUAGGAUUAAUGAUUACAAGUUAAUUCGAAUUGUUAAUGAAUAACAUGGUAUUUUUUUUUUAUCAGAAUUCUUUUCUUUAGUAGAUUUUUUUAUUCAUGCUCCACUGAGUCUAAACACAGUACUUGGUUUAUAGUAAUAUUUUCUUACCACUACUAAUUCGUGACAUAAAAUAACAUAUCAACCUACAGUUUUUAUCUGGCUUGAAACAUUGCAAAAUGACAUAGAGGUGAUUAUCAAGGGAGCGACAUAAGAAAUAAGAAGAUCUUAGUAUAUCCAAUUCUUAAAUUUAGAUGUGUUAUGGUCUGAUGUUUCCAUCUGGCAUAUGGCAAUUAUUUUUUAUCUCAAUAAUCUCUCUUAUUCUAAGCAUAAAUGAUUUCAGUCAUACUAUUCAGGCUGUCCCUUUAACAACUGGAGCUUGUUUAUCUAAAGCCUUGUUUAACAUAGCAUAAUUGUUGACAGACUAGGAUUUUCUUCAAAUUCAAUUUAAUAUAAAAAGGUGUAGUUUGCAGGUCUAGAAGAAACCAAUUUGGUUGAAAUUUUUGAAAUUCUCUAUGUAAUAUUUUAGGAUUAUUUACAUAAAUAUGAUCAAUAAAUGUAACCCUUGGGCAUUUACAAUCAAUUGUUGAAGAUUGUUUGAAUCUAAAACAUUCAGCCAUUUUUUAGGAGUUUCUUUGGUGCUUUAAAAUUCAUAUUAAAAUCACCCAUUAUUAUUAUAUCUGAAUUUAUGGUCAUUGCCACUCUUGAUUGUAGAAAAUGAACAUUAGCUUUUGAUAUGCCCUUGUUCAAGAAUACAUUAGUGUUGUUCUAUUAUGAUUUAAUCAAUUAUUUUGAGAGUGUCUUCGUCAAUUUUUUAUUGUGUAUAAAAUGUAACUUCAAGUUAGUUUGGGAUUCUUUUGUUAUUUUGGAUCGCAAGUGACAGCAAAUGAUUGAUCCAUAUUUAUUUCUGAAAUUAGAAAAUUCUUUUACAGAAAUAUAAUUUUAAAUAUGUAGGACUUUUUAUAUGAAUGAAGAUAUGCAUAUGCUUUUAUCAUUGUAGCAACUUAUUUUUACAAUGUACAGCAAGUUUAUCUAUUUUAAUAUACAUGUAUAGCAAGACGUUUUUAUUUAGGCAACUCAAUUUUUUUCCUCAACAAAAUAUGUGAAUUUUGCACAGAUUGUGGCUUGAUGAUAAUAUGUUUUAUUUUUAGAUAUUUAUAGAAUAGGCAGCACUUAUAUUUUUGUUAUGAAUUUAUUUGCAUAAAAGUACACAUAUUGAAAUAAUGGCAUUGGUUGUGUGUUAAGCAUUUAAUUUGUUAUAAUAGCUUACAAUUUUUAUUUGUUUGUAGUGAAACAAGUUAUUAUUAAGAUAAAGUUUUACAUAUUUUACUAACUGUUAUAUAUUUUACAAACUGUUGAUAUGUUUUAAAAAUAAAUAUCUUUUAUUUAAUAAUGACAUGCAUUAAAUAUCUGCAAUUUAAAAUCUUUCAUUUAUAAAUUAUUUUUGAGUCUUUAUUUUUUCAAAAUGCAAUGGGUUUUAUUUAUGCUUUUAAUCUUUUCAUAGGGGUGGCUAUGUUUUCUUUCAUUUUUUUAAUUCUUUGGGUUUAAUUUGUCUCCCUUAGAAUAAUAUAGUACUCGUUCCUGUAAUGCAAAUACAAAGCUAAUACUGGAAUACUAAACUGAAACUGGCUUCUUAAUGUCUAGAUUUAUACUUUUCCCUGUUAUACUUCUGUUACAUGGCCGUGUUUUAAUUGUGUUGUCUUAUAACGACAUAGUAUCUAAUAUAUUACUUUUGUUCCAUACUUUUUUCAGCACAUACAAAAGUGGCAUAUUUUUGUUAUGGAUUUAUUGAUAUAUUAGUGUUGAAAUAAUGGCAAUAGUCAUGAUUGAUUGAUCAGUGAUAAACGCCACUUUCAGCACUAUUGUGUCAUUUCAUGGCGGUAAGUUUUUAUUGGUGGAGGAAGCUGAAAAGAACCACUGACCUUUGGUAGGAAAACUGACAAUCCUAGUUAAUAAAGACUGGAGUUGAACGCACCUGCCACGUGCCUGAUUCAAACUCACAAUGUCAGUGUUGACAGGCUAGUGAUACAGUAGCUCAUCAACUCAGCCACCGAGGCCUACCGGCAAUUGUCAUGUGUAAAGCAUUUAAUUUGUUAUGGCUUACAAUUUUAAUUUGUUCCCAGUGAGACAAGCUUUUGUUAAGAUAUAGCUAAGUAUUAUUAGAUAUUGCAAGUUUGUUGCCGAAGUUUACUGGAUCAUGAAAUUGAUAAACAAUCAACACAGAGCAUGUGGAGCAUGUGACAAAUAAGUGAAUGAAUAGAGCCAUGGCAUUUUUUUUUUAUAUUUUCCAUGCAUUCCCAUUUGUUCAUUAAACUUUUCCUUAACAAUGUUAAUUGAUUUAUUGUAUUAACUUUGUUCUUUAAGAAUCAGUUAUUACUAUUUACCUUCCAGUGCAUGUUUGUUUACAUUCUUUCAUUACAGUUUACACUUGAGCUGUGCGAUGGCUGAAGUUCUAACAAGAGGUCCUAGUUAGGGUCACUGCAUAUGGGAAAAUAUCGGAGAAUUAGUGUACGGGAAGACAAUAUUUCAAUAGCAGUUCAUUUAUGAAGAUUUUGAUAAUAUAAAAGCCAUUCAAGUAGAUAAAACAUAUAUUCAACUUUUUUCUUAAAUUUGAAGUUUUCUUUCUUUUUUUUAUUCUUUGGGUUUAUCUCCCUUAGAAUAAUAUUGUACUCAUUCCAUCACAAAGCAAAUACUGCAGUUUCAAUUAAUAAAACCAAAAUCAAACUGGUCUCUUGCCUUGAUUUAUACUAUUUCCUGUAAUGCUUCUGCUACAUGGCUGUGUUUUAAUUGUUUUUUCUAAUAACGAUAUAUAUAUAUAUAUGUCUACUAUAUUACUUUUGUUCCAUAUUUUUUCAGGACCUACAAAAGUGGCAUAUUUUUGUUAUGGAUUUAUUGAUAUAUUAGUAUUGAAAUAAUUGCAAUAGCCAUGUGUAAAGCAUUUAAUUUGUAAUUAUAGCUUACAAUUUUAAUUUGUUCCCAGUGAGACAAUUUUGCAAGUUUUUGUUAAGAUCUACAUGUAGUUGUAUAUAUUUUGCAAACUGUUGAUAUGUUUUAAAAACUAUUACUUUUUAAAAAUGACUACAUUUUAAUAUUUCAUUUUGAAAUUUGAAUAUUUUUUAUCGGUCUUUUAUUUUUCAAUUUUUAUACACCAUUAUUAUGGUAUACCAAUGUCUGUCAGUCUGUCUGUCCGUCUGUCCAUCCAACAACACUUCGUACAAUAACUCAAAUUCUCUUUCACCUAUUCCUAUAUAACUUUAACACAACAUUAGAAUUGAUAGAAGAAAGCUAUACAAUUUUUAUUUUUAUUUUUGACUUUGUCAUUCCAGAGUUACAGAACUUUGACCCUUAGAUUUAAGGCAGUUUUUCACAAAUCGCCACUAACUUCAUUACUCCUUAAUUGAUUUUCUUCAAACUUUUAUUUAUUGUGGGGAUUGAUAAAAAGAUUAUCCCCUGCGAUUUUUGAAAUUUUUACAUGUAGGUUUGUCUUUCUAGAGUUAUGGAACAUUGAAUUUUACACUUCUAGAAAAUUUUCACUAAUCAUGCUCUAACUUCAGUAUGCCUGGGAUGAUUUCCUCCAAACAUUACAUUAUUGUUGGGAUUAAAAAAAAGGAAGAUCACUUUUGAUUUUUUAUAUUUAUCAGUUUGUUGCUCCAGAAUUAUGGGACUUUAAUUGUCAGAUUUUAGUAAAUGUUUCACACAUUGUACCAUUACUUGAGUUUGCUUGGACUGAUUUAGUGGAAACUUUACAUUAUUGUUGGAAUUGGUGAACAUAACAAACUGUUUGAUUUAAACAGUAUCCUCAGGCAUGUUUUUCUACAGAGCCAUUUUUGUCGAGCCUUUGACUUUAGUCGAAAAAGCGAGACAUAGCGAUCCUACAUUCCGUCGGCGGCGUCCACAAAUAUUCACUCUGUGGUUAAAGUUUUUGAAAUUUUAAUAACUUUCUUAAACUAUCCUGGAUUUCUACCAAACUUGGACAGAAGCUUGUUUAUGGUCAUAAGAUAGUAUCCAGAAGUAAAUUUUGUAAAAAUAAAGUUCCAUUUUUUCCGUAUUUUACUUAUAAAUGGACUUAGUUUUUCUGCUGGUAAAUAUUACAUUCACUCUGUGUUUAAAGUUUUUAAAAUUUUAAUAACUUUCUUAAACUAUCCUGGGUUUGUACCAAACUUGGACAGAAGCUUGUUUAUGAUCAUAAGAUAGUAUCUAGAAGUAAAUUUUGUAAAAAAGUAAAUCCAUUUUUUCCUUAUUUUACUUUUAAAUGGACUUAGAUUUUCUGCCAGGAAACAACACAUUCACUCUGUGGUUAAAGUUUUUAAAAUUUUAAUAACUUUCUUAUACUAUUUUGGAUUUGUACCAAACUUGGACAGAAGCUUGUUUAUGAUCAAAAGCUAGUAUCUAGAAGUAAAUUUUGUAAAAAAAUAAAUCCAUUUUUUCCUUAUUUUACUUUUAAAUGGACUUAGAUUUUCUGCCAGGAAACAACACAUUCACUCUGUGGUUAAAGUUUUUAAAAUUUUAAUAACUUUCUUAUACUAUUUUGGAUUUGUACCAAACUUGGACAGAAGCUUGUUUAUGAUCAAAAGCUAGUAUCUAGAAGGAAAUUUUGUAAAAAAAUAAAUCCAUUUUUUCCUUAUUUUACUUUUAAAUGGACUUAGAUUUUCUGCCAGGAAACAACUUAUUCACUCUGUGGUUAAAGUUCUUAAAAUUUUAAUAACUUUCUUAUACUAUUUUGGAUUUGUACCAAACUUGGACAGAAGCUUGUUUAUGAUCAAAUGCUAGUAUCUAGAAGGAAAUUUUGUUUUCUUCCAGUUUACAUUAUCAUUCAGUCUGCAGUUAAAGUUUUUAAACAUUUAUUAGAUUCAUAAACUAUCCUGGAAUUUUACCAAACUUGGACAGAAGCUUCUUACAAUCAAAAGAUAGUAUCAAGAGGAAUAUUUUUAUUGAUUUACUUCCUCAUUUUUGUUGAGCCUGCGAUUAACAGAAAAGGUAGCCAAGACACUGGGUUCAGCGGAACCCUUACGACUUUAGUCGAAAAAGCGAGACAUAGCGAUCCUACAUUCCGUCGUCGGCGUCCACAAAUAUUCACUCUGUGGUUAAAGUUUUUGAAAUUUUAAUAUCUUUCUUAAACUAUCCUGGAUUUCUACCAAACUUGGACAGAAGCUUGUUUAUGAUCAUAAGAUAGUAUCCAGAAGUAAAUUUUGUAAAAAUAAAAUUCCAUUUUUUCCGUAUUUUACUUAUAAAUGGACUUAGUUUUUCUGCUGGUAAAUAUUACAUUCACUCUGUGUUAUAAUUUUUUUAAAUUUUAAUAACUUUCUUAAACUAUCCUGGGUUAGUACCAAACGUGGACAGAAGCUUGUUUAUGAUCAAAAGAUAGUAUCUAGAAGUAAAUUUUGUAAAAAAAUAAAUCCAUUUUUUCCUUAUUUUACUUUUAAAUGGACUUAGAUUUUCUGCCAGGAAACAACACAUUCACUCUGUGGUUAAAGUUUUUAAAAUUUUAAUAACUUUCUUAUACUAUUUUAGAUUUGUACCAAACUUGGACAGAAGCUUGUUUAUGAUCAAAAGCUAGUAUCUAGAAGGAAAUUUUGUAAAAAAAUAAAUCCAUUUUUUCCGUAUUUUACUUUUAAAUGGACUUAGAUUUUCUGCCAGGAAACAACAUAUUCACUCUGUGGUUAAAGUUUUUAAAAUUUUAAUAACUUUCUUAUACUAUUUUGGAUUUGUACCAAACUUGGACAGAAGCUUGUUUAUGAUCAAAUGCUAGUAUCUAGAAGGAAAUUUUGUUUUCUUCCAGUUAACAUUAACAUUCAGUCUGCAGUUAAAGUUUUUAAACAUUUAUUAGAUUCAUAAACUAUCCUGGAAUUUUACCAAACUUGGACAGAAGCUUCUUACAAUCAAAAGAUAGUAUCAAGAGGAAUAUUUUUAUUGAUUUACUUCCUCAUUUUUGUUGAGCCUGCGAUUAACAGAAAAAGUAGAUGAGACACUGGGUUCAGCGGAACCCUUACGAAUUUUAUUUGCUUAUGAUGAAAUGCCUUCAAAAUAUCCCAAUAUGCACAAUUAUAGGGAUAUCAUGUGCUCUUAGCGCAGCUGUUUAUCAUAUAUUAGACAUAUGUAUGAUUUAUUUGAUUUUUUAAUAGUUUUAUAGAUCUGGCUAUAGUGUAAUAUGUAUUUCAUUUACAAAUAUAAUGCUUGUUUUAUUUGAAUUUUAAAUCUUUUCAUAGAUCUGGCUAUAAGUUUUCUUUAAAUGUUGAAUCUCUUUGGGUUUGUCUCCCUUAGAAUAGUAUUGUACUUAUUCUUGUACCACAAAUUCAACAAAUAAAACAAAAACAAAACUA